AUGGCGCCGUAUUCAAAGCCUGAGGCAGUCCUCAAGCAGGCCGAAGGCCUCAUAUCCGUCGGACAGAACCAUGCUGCCCUCCAAGCCCUCACCGAGAUGUUCUCUUCCAAGCGUUUCCGCUCGACACCGCUCGCCUCACUCGAACCGAUCGUGCUGCGCUUCAUCGAGCUUUGCGUCGAUAUGCGCAAGGGACGCACCGCCAAAGAGGGUCUUAUGCAGUACAAAAAUAUCGCUCAAAAUAGCAGCGUCGCCUCCAUCGAGGUUGUCAUCAACCGCUUCAUUCAGCUCGCCGAUGCGAAGGUGCAGGAGGCACAGGAAAAGGCGGAAAAGGCCGUCGCCCUCAUCGAUGUAGACGAUUUGGAAGCGACUGAGACUCCGGAGAGCAUUUUGCUUGGUGCUGUGAGCGGGGACCAGAGCAAGGAUAGGACGGAUCGAGCUCUCGUCACUCCGUGGCUCAAAUUUCUCUGGGAGAGCUACCGCACUGCGUUGGAAACGCUGAAAAAUAAUGCUCGGCUGGAAGUCAUCUAUCAACAAAUUGCCCAACAAGCAUUCAAGUUUUGCUUGAAGCAUCAGCGCAAGGUUGAGUUCCGGCGACUAUGCGAAACUCUGCGUCUGCACUUGGCUAACGUCGCCAAGUAUGCACACCAAUCGCACGCGAUCAAUCUCUCCGACCCAGAUACGCUGCAGCACCAUCUUGACACCCGCUUCGCACAGCUAAACACGUCGGUCGAGCUCGAGCUAUGGCAGGAGGCGUUCCGAUCCGUUGAGGACGUGCACAAUCUGCUCACGAUGGCGAAGAAGGCCCCUCGUCCCGCUAUGAUGGCCAACUACUACGAAAAGCUCACGAGGAUUUUCCUCAUGUCCGGGAACGCUUUGUAUCACGCUGCUGCGUGGGCAAGGUAUCACGCCGUCAUUACUGCUAUUGGUGGCAAGUCCGACGAAGAUAUGAGCCGCCUCGCUGGCCAGAUUCUCAUCAGUGCAUUGGCUGUGCCGGUCGGUUUGCAGGGCGAGGAAGAUGCCGCAGAAGGGGGCAAAGGCAAAAGCUCCAGGCUGACUGCUUUGCUCGGACUGUCCAAGCCGCCGACUCGCACAGGCCUACUCAAGGAAGCUCUUGCGCGUAAUGUCCUCAAAAUCUCUCCUGACAACAUCAAGACUUUGUACAACAUCAUCGAAGUCACAUUUGAUCCGUUGACGCUCUGUUCCUCGGUUGCGCCGCACUUGAAGGCGCUGGCGACUGAUACACCAUAUGCAUCUUAUAUCCCUCUCCUUCAGCGCGCGGUCCUGUCUCGCCUGCUCUCUCAGCUCUCUCAGGUGUACUCCACGAUCAAGAUCAGCAAUCUCCUCGAGCUUGUUGUCCCCAUCCGCGGCCUCGAAGUGGAUGGCGCCACUCCCUACGACGAAGAACAGAUCGAAGCCUACGUGAUGGGCUGUGCUCGUCGCGGAGAGCUCAGCAUACGCGUUGAUCACGCCGAGGGCAGCAUCACGUUCGCCGACAGCCCCUUCGCAGCCGUCGAGGAUCCCAGCUCAUCAACUUCGAUGGCCACGAGCGCCGUACAGCCCUCGACCUCCGAGUUCGUGCGUACCCGCCUCAGCCGGCUCGCCUCAUGUCUGUACAACUCGCUCGCGACGCUGUACCCGCCUGCGCCGCUCAGCGAGGAGGAACAGCAGGCGAAGGUCACGGCACUCGUCGCUGCCGCGCAGGCCGAGCGCGAUGCGCUGAAACUCCGCCGUGCACUUGUUGCGCGUCGCCGUGAGCUAUUGUCUGAGCUAUCGGUGCGCAAGGAGAAGGAGGAGGCCAGCCGCCGCGCUGAGAUCAACCGCCGCGAAAAGGAGGAGGAGAGCCGACGGGCAGUGGAGGAGGUACGUAGGAAGGAGGUGGAGCGCGCGAAGCGGGAGAUCGAGAUCAUCAGGACCGAGGAGGCGAGGAAGCUCGCUCAGAGCUUGAAGGAGAAGGGCAGCCUCAAGGUGGACAUCAGCGAAAUGGAGAACCUCAGCACGGACAACCUCAUGCGGCUGCAAGUUGAGCAGCUGGAGAAGGAGAAGAAGGAGCUCAAUGAGCGCAUGCGUAUUGCGUCCAAACGCCUUGACCAUCUCGAGCGUGCAUUCCGUAAGGAGGAGCGUCCUCUCCUCGCUAAAGACUACGAGAUUCAGCAGGAGAACGACAAGGCAGCAUUCGAGGCUGCGCAGAAAGCGCGUCUCGAGGCUUUCCGGCUGGCGCACCAGCAGGACCUGGAGACGAAGAAGCGGCUCUCGCGCAUGACGAGCGAAUAUCAGAAGAAACGAGAGGAGAUUGUAAGCAAGCGCGGCGAGGAGUUCGCCAAGAGGAAGGAGCAAUCGCAGAAGAAGAUCGAGGAGGAGAAGGCAAAGAGGCGGCAGACGGUUCUCAAGGAGCGCGAAGCGGAAAAGCUGCGCCGCGAAGAGGAGGAGAGAAUAGAGAGGGAGAAGGAAGAGGAGGAAGCGCGGAAGGAAGCAGAACGGCGUGCCGAGGAGGAGCGUCUGGCAGCGGAAGAAGCUGCCGAACUGGCUCGUGCCGAAGCCAAGAAGCGCGAAGAGGAAGAGGCGCGGGCAGAAGCACGCAGGAAACGCGAAGAGGAGCGCGUCGCCGCGUUGGAGAUGGUUCGUCUGCAGCAGCAACGCGAGGAGGAGGCAUUGGCCAAGGCCAAAGCCCGCGCCGCAGAACGUGCCACAGAACGUGCCAAGCCCCCUGUGCGCACAUCGGUGGGCGAGGAUAUUGCGUGGCGAAGGCCAGGGGCGCCUGCCCUGCCGCCACCGCGUCCAGCGACACCCCCGACGUCCGAGAGUACCGCUCCCAAGUAUCGCCCUGGUGCUCUUGGUGGUGGCGGAUGGAGGGCCAGGCAGGCAGCCAAGGAAGAGGGCGCUGCACCGCCUCCUCGUUCUACAUCACCUGCCGUCCGAGCACCUGCUAAGGAGGAGCCCACGAAGGAUGACGACGGCUUCAAAACCGUGGGUAAGAAGGGCGUGUACCGGCCACCUGCAGCAAGAGGCAGUAGGGUCUGA